GGCAGACAACAGAUGACAGUAAAAAUAAUGUUAGAAAACCAAGUGAAGAGUGUGGCGGGCAGAAUGCGGGCGUGGCGCGUGCACGCAUACGGUGGGCUAGCCGAGCUGCGACUGGAUAAUACCCGCGUGCCAGCUCUGAGGAGCACCGACGAUGUACUCGUUAAAGUGCACGCUGCAUCGCUUAAUCCGCUCGAUGUCGCUAUGCUCGGCGGGUACGGGGCGCGCGUGCUGAACGCGCUGCGGCGCGCGGAGAGCGCGGCGGGCGCGGCGGAGCUGGGCGAGCUGCCGCUGGUGCCCGGGCGCGACUUCUGCGGGCGCGUGCUGCGCGCGGGGCCGGCCGCGCGCCUGCGCGUGGGCGAGCGCGUGUGGGGCGUGCUGCCGCCGCACCGCCCCGGCGCGCUCGCCGACUACGUGCUCGUCAAAGACCGCUGGGCGGGCAGGGCGCCGCAGGCUCUGGACGAGUGGCAGGCGGGGGGCGCGCUGUACGCGGCGCUGACGGCGUGCAGCGCGCUGCGGGCGGCGGGCGUGCGGGCGGGCGGCGCGGGGGCGGCGGCGGGGUCAGAAAAACGAUAA